AUGAAGCUGCUCAUCCCUGCCUUGCUGUUUCUUGAGGCCCUUGGACUCUGUCUGGCUAAGACAACUGUUCGAUGGUGUGCUGUGUCAAAACCUGAGGCACAAAAAUGUUCCCGGUGGCAGAAGGCGAUGAAGAAAAUGGGUGGCCAACCACUCAGUUGUGUCAAGAGAUCUUCCACGAGUCAUUGCAUCCGUGACAUCAUGUCAAACAAAGCUGAUGCUAUGACUCUCGAUGGCGGAUCACUGUUCGAUGCAGGACCGCCUCCCUACAAAUUGCGGCCUGUAGCAGCCGAGGUCUAUGGAACCAAAAUACGGCCCCGGACUCACUAUUAUGCGGUAGCCAUCGUGAAGAACAGCAGUACCUUUCAUCUGAACCAACUACGAAGCCGGAAGUCCUGCCACACUGGCAUUGGCAGGAGUGCUGGGUGGAACAUUCCGAUAGGGACACUUCGCCCAUACCUGAAUUGGGAAGGGCCACCUGUACCCAUUGAGGAAGCGGUGUCCAGGUUCUUCUCAAAGAGCUGUGUCCCUGGUGCCAACAAGGACAGCUUUCCCAACCUGUGCAGCUUGUGUGCAGGGAGUGGAGAGAGCAAAUGCGCCUCCUCCCCCGAGGAGCCAUACUCCGGCUAUGCAGGUGCCUUCAAGUGUCUGAGAGACAACGCUGGAGAUGUGGCUUUUACCAGAGCAAGCACGAUAUUUGAGGAACUACCGAACAAGGCCGACUGGCACCAGUACAAGCUGCUCUGCCCGGACAACACCUGGAAGCCGGUGACGGAGUACAAGGACUGCCACCUGGCCCAAGUCCCUUCACACACUGUAGUGGCCCGAAGUAUGAACGGCAAGGAAAAUGCCAUCUGGGAGCUCCUCAGCCAGUCACAGGAAACUUAUGGAAAAGACAAAACAUCGGAGUUCCAGCUCUUUGUCUCCUCCAAGGGACAGAAGGAUCUGCUGUUCAAGGACUCUGCCAUUGGAUUUGAGCGGGUUCCCCCGUAUGUAGACGUUGGACUCUACCUGACCUUCAGCUAUAUCACAUCCAUCCUGAACUUGAGGAAAAGGCCGGAGGAUGUGAUAGCCGCACGUAACCGGGUCACGUGGUGUGCAGUGGGCAGUGAGGAGAAGCGCAAGUGUGACCAGUGGAGCCGAGCCAGCGGUGGCAGGAUCACCUGUGUCUCGUUCUCCUCCACAGAAGACUGCAUCGUCUCCAUCAUGAAGGGGGACGCUGACGCCAUGAGCUUGGAUGGAGGGUACAUCUACAUUGCGGGCAAGUGUGGUUUGGUCCCUGUCCUGGCGGAGAACCAGAAAUCCUCCAAAAACAACAGUUCUGAUUGUGUGGAAAGACCAGUAGAAGGGUACUUUGCCGUGGCAGCAGUUAGAACAGAAGACAAUGGCUUCACCUGGAGCACCGUGAGAGGCAAGAAGUCCUGCCACACCGCCGUGGACAGGACCGCAGGCUGGAACAUCCCCAUGGGCCUGCUUGUCAACCAGACCAAAUCCUGCAAGUUUGAUGAAUUCUUUACGCAAAGCUGCGCCCCUGGGGCUGACCCCAAAUCCAGCCUCUGUGCCCUGUGUAUUGGUGACAAGAACGGCAAGAAUCAAUGUGCUGCCAACAGCAAAGAGAGAUACUCUGGCUACAUCGGGGCUUUCAGGUGUCUGGCUGAGAACGCAGGAAACGUUGCAUUUUUGAAGGACUCCACUGUCUUGCAGAACACUGAUGGAAAGAACACUGAAGAGUGGGCCAAGGACUUGAAGCAGGAGGACUUUGAGCUGCUGUGCCUUGAUGACACCCGGAAGCCUGUGACUGAGGCAAAGAACUGUCACCUGGCCAUAGCCCCCAACCACGCUGUGGUGUCUCGGGUGGACAAGGUGCAGUACCUUCAGCGGGUGCUGCUUGACCAACAGAUUCUGUUUGGAAGAUAUGGAUCGAAGUGUCCAUCAGAGUUUUGCCUGUUCCAUUCUAACACCAAAAACCUGCUGUUCAAUGAUAACACUGAGUGUCUGAGCAAGCUGCACAGCAAAACAACAUACGAAAAGUAUCUGGGACAGGAAUACGUCACGGCCACCGAGCAUCUGAAGCAGUGUUCCAGCUCCCCACUCCUAGAAGCCUGCAUUUUCCUUACCCAGUGAAAACACCCAGCAAACCUGUGGAGCCUUCCCACGAAGCCUCA